GCCGUUUCGUACUCAGGCCGGGCCGGUCGACCGCGCAGCCGCGCGGAGUCCCGUACAUCUCGCCACCACCCCCCUCUCGGCAGCCAUGGGCGAGGAGGAGGUCGCCGCCCUGGUGGUCGACAACGGCAGCGGCAUGUGCAAGGCCGGCUUCGCGGGCGACGACGCGCCCCGCGCCGUGUUCCCUUCGAUCGUGGGGCGUCCGAAGAUGCCUGGCAUCAUGGUCGGCAUGGACCAGAAGGACAGCUAUGUGGGUGACGAGGCGCAGAGCAAGCGCGGGGUGCUGACGCUGAAGUACCCCAUCGAGCACGGCAUCGUGACCAACUGGGACGACAUGGAGAAGAUUUGGCACCACACCUUCUACAAUGAGCUCCGCGUGGCCCCAGAGGAGCACCCCGUGCUCCUGACCGAGGCGCCCCUGAACCCCAAGGCCAACCGCGAGCGCAUGACACAGAUCAUGUUCGAGACCUUCAACGUGCCGGCGAUGUACGUGGCCAUCCAGGCGGUGCUCUCGCUCUACGCCUCCGGCCGCACCACUGGCAUCGUCAUGGACUCUGGCGACGGCGUGUCGCACACCGUACCCAUCUACGAGGGCUACGCUUUGCCUCACGCCAUCCUCCGCCUCGACCUGGCUGGCCGCGACCUCACGGAGUACCUUAUGAAGAUCCUCACCGAGCGCGGCUACUCGUUCACCACCACGGCCGAGCGCGAGAUCGUGCGCGACGUCAAGGAGAAGCUCUGCUACAUCGCCCUCGACUUCGACACAGAGAUGAAGGCUGCCACGGAGAGUUCGGACAAGGAGAAGACGUACGAGCUUCCAGACGGCAACAUCAUCACGGUAGGCAGCGAGCGGUUCCGCUGCCCCGAGGUGCUCUUCCAGCCCAGUUUCGUGGGCAAAGAGGCGAGCGGCAUCCACGACACCACCUUCCAGUCCAUCAUGAAGUGCGACGUCGACAUCCGCAAGGACCUCUACGCCAACGUGGUCCUGUCCGGCGGCACCACCAUGUUUCCUGGGAUCGGCGAGCGCAUGACGAAGGAGCUGACUGCCCUGGCGCCCUCGACGAUGAAGAUCAAGGUCGUGGCCCCGCCCGAGCGCAAGUACUCCGUGUGGAUCGGAGGGUCCAUCCUCUCCUCGCUGAGCACCUUCCAGCAGAUGUGGAUCUCGAAGGGCGAGUACGACGAGUCGGGUCCCACCAUCGUGCACAGGAAGUGCUUCUGAGGGGAGCCCUCCCCUCUGAGGCCGACCGGGUUCCAGCACGGCACGCGCCGGCAAGCAGUGUUGUAUGGACAGGAGCACACCCCUCGGCAUCCUCGCUCCAAGGCUCACCGCGGGCGGCCCCUGCCGCGAAUUCGCCGGCGGGUCGGCGAGGGCGCCGGGGCCACGCUCGGGAUGCGCGCGGCGCCCCUCGGCGCACCUGGCCCGCCGCGCCCAUCACCUGCAUUUUCGGGCCCGCGCAGCCCGGCCUGUCGGGGCUCGCGCCUGCCCCGCAGCGCUCCGGGGUUCGCGCCUUCCUCCUGGCCCGAGCUUUCCCUUGGUCCCCCCUGCGCGGCCGAGGCCCCCAUGGCCCGCCCAGUCCCGGCCCCUGGCCGCCCCCGGGAGCGGGGGAGCGACCGCCCCCGCAGCGUGGCGGCGACAGGGCCGCGUCGCUCCACGCAGCGGAGCGCGUUGCGGCCCCGCAGCGUGGUGCCAGCUGCUCGACCGAUCGAUCCCGCCUCCUCUCAGGAGAG